UCCCAGAGAGGAGCUCACAGCUGCUGGACUCUGCUCCACGGUGUUCAGACCCACCAUGUGGCCUUUGGUCCUGCUGUGGGGCUGCCUGGUGCUCCCAGGUUAUGACGCCCUGAAGGGCCCCAAGGAGAUCAGCGGCCACGAAGGUGAAACGGUCUCGGUGAAGUGUACCUAUGGGGAGGAGCUGAGGAAGCACAUGAAGUACUGGUGCAGGCAGGGCGGGAUCCUGUUCUCACGCUGCACUGGCACCAUCUACACAAAAGGCGACCAGGAGGUGACGCAGGGUAGGGUGUCCAUCCGUGACAGUCCCCAAGAGCUGGCGCUCACCGUGACCAUGAGGCACCUCACCCUACAGGACGCCGGGAAGUACUGGUGUGGGGUCAACAUGCUGGGUCUCGAUGAAACGUCUCUGAUCUCUCUGAUAGUUUUUCCAGGAAAAAACGACAGUGCCAAUACCACUGGUCCCUGCUGCCUUCCCUCCCCUACUCCCUCCUUCCAGCCUUUUACUACUACAAGGAGCCUGCAGCCCAAGGCAAAAUCUUGGCACACUGAGCUCCCAGAAUUGACUUCUUCUGAUCUCCACACGACAAUCACCACAGCCAAGCAGGGGAAGACAGGGACCAAGGCCCCUCUGUCCACAGGGGUGGCCCCCAAACGUCCUGCAGGAACCUCUGCCCACAAAGGAAUCUCUCCAUAUACAGAGACCUCUCCUCACACAACGAACUCUCCCCAUGCAGGGAGCUUCCGCCCAGCCAUCCAGCUGGACUCCACCAUAACAGAGGACACCAGUCCUGUCCCCAGCAGUGGCAGCUCCAAGCCCAGGGUGUCCAUCCCACUGGUCCGAAUGUUGACCCCAGUCCUGGUGCUCUUGUCCCUUCUGCUGGCCACAUGUCUGAUUGCCCUCGGCAGCCACAUGCUCCGGAGGAAAAAGAAAGGUGAGCCAGCUCAGCUGGCCAUGGGAACACAGAGGAACGAGAAGGUCCACCUCCCAGCCUCGACGCUGGGGAACGGCUGUGCCCCUGAGGACGUCGUGAUCAACCUUGCAGGGCCUGCUGGGCCUCGGGAGUGUGCUGCUGGCCCCUACACGAACAUCCAGUGCCUAAACCAGAAAAUGAAGUGGGGAGAUGGCGCUCAAUAUACAAAAGUAAGACACGUGGGGAGAGAAACCAAGAAGAAAGAAAAAAAGUCACCCACAAUCUCAUGGCUACCCGGAGACAACCAUGAUUGCAGAUCGCAUUCCGCUACAUUUCCCAAUUUUGUCCUCCACAAACUUUGUGAUGUCCUUCUAACAGAGUAAUUAACUGCUUUGUAUAUGAAACUUUGUGUGCUGACUUUCCCAUUAGUUACUGAUCAGAAGCAUUUCUCCAUGUUUUACAAACCUUUAUAAAGUUUA